CCCCGCCCCCCCCCGCAGUAUCGCGAUGUCUCUGUCGCGACAGAACCGCCGCCCCCCCGCGACCCCCCCGCACCCUGAGACCGCGUGAAGGAGGCGAGUGUCUCAGAGCCCUCCCUGCCCCACCGCAGGGGGUUUUGGGGACCCCCCCACCAUGGGCCCCCCCCGGAGGGAGAAACGUGGCGGCUCCAUCGUCCCCUGCGUGCUCCUGGUGGAGGUGGGUAUUUUGGGGGGUACGGCCGCCCUGGCGUACCAGCUGGAAUUCACCGACGCCUUUCCCGUCCAUGUCGGGGGGUUCUUCUGCCGCGACCCCGAUUACGGAAGACCCUACCCGGGACCCCCCACCCUGAGCAGGGCCCCCCCCGCCCUGGUCUACGCCCUGGUCACUGCUGUGCCCGCCCUUACCAUGGCGGUGGGGGAGCUGCUGGGCCGGCUGGGGGGGUCCCGGGGGGGUCGCGCCCCCCCCCCGCGCUGGGAGCGGCUCUGUGACCAGGGGACCCCCAUUCGGCGGCUGCUGCGGUUCCUGGGGGUGUUCUCCUUCGGCCUCCUCACCACCACCAUCUUCGCCAACGCGGGCCAGGUGGUCCUGGGGACCCCCGCCCCCCACUUCCUGGCCGUGUGUCGCCCCAACUACAGCGCCCUGGGCUGCGCCCCCCCCUCGGGCCCCCCCCAGCCCCACUUCGUGCCCCCGGGGGGCUCCCCCUGCUCCGGGGACCCCCCGGCUGUGGAGGCAGCUCGAAGGGCCUUCCCCUGCAAGGAGGCGGCGCUGGGAGCCUACGCGGGGGCCUUCGCCGGGCUCUAUGUGACCCUGGCCUGGCGGGGGGGCGGGUCCCGCCUGGCCAAGCCUGCAGCGGUUUUGGGGUUCGCGGCCCCCCCGUUCCUGCUGGGGGCCCUGAGAGUGGCCGAGCACCGCAACAGCUGGGGGGACGUGCUGGGGGGGUUCUUGUGCGGGACCGGCAUCGCCGCCUUCCUGGUGACCUGCGUGGUUGGAAACUUCCAGAACAAGGAGGAGUCGGGGUGGGGGGGGGCGGGGGAGCCCCCCAGAGCCCCCCAGGAACUGCCCCCCCCGCAGCCCCCACUCGAGGAGAUCAGUGUGACCCAGGUGCGUCGGGCCGAGUUCCCAGCAGUGACCUGAGAGACCCUCCCCCGGGACGGGGGGACCCCGGAAUUGGGGGACCCCGAAAUUUUGGGGGGGACGAUGUGUGUGGGGGAGUGUCCUGGAAAACUGGGGGAGGAAUGGGGGAGAAUAAAAGUGGCUUUGUGUGA